UCCACUGAGCAGUACCAUAUGGAACCCUGGGAAGAAGCUCUCGACGUAGACGACGACGUUUCGGAGCUCCCCUCUUUCUCUCUUCGCCCUUGCAACCACUCUUCCUCUCCUUCCCUAAACCCCCUACCCAAACCCUCCUCUCCAUCUCCGGCCCUCAUUCCGGGCCCCGCCGGCGCCGUUCAGGCCGCGAUGCACCGCCGCUCCCAGACCUCCUCCUCCUCCUCCGACGAGCCGAUUCCGACGCAGGAGUUCAUAAGGAGAGUCUUCGAGAACGGCGACGAGGAAGACGACGAUUUCGCCGCCGAUUCUUGGCUCCACGCUCUCGAUUCAGAAGGCGGUGGCGGCCCUCGGACCCCUUUGGGUUCGAUCAAGAAGGGGCUUGGCACUCACAGAGUAGCUAAGGUUGUUGCUAUGAUCAAAUCUUGCACCCCAAAUGGUCUUGGUGAUCUCAUGUUGACUUUGAAGGAUCCUACAGGUACAAUUGAUGCUACCAUCCACCGCAAAGCCCUUUCUGAGGGAGAGUUUGGGACGAGCAUUUCUGUGGGUGCGGUUUUGGUUCUGCAGAAGGUUGCUGUGUUUUCCCCCUCACACUCUGCAUGUUAUCUUAAUGUGACGGUGAGCAACAUUGUCAAGGUCAUUUCCAAGGAUAGUGGGCCUCUUGCCACAAAAGAUUUUCCAAUUUCGUCAGUUAAUACUCCUGCUCUCAUCUGUGCAGAAAAUAGUAAAAUGUUACGGAUGCCACAAGAAAAACUCCUCCCAUCACAGGAUAGUACUCAGCGAAUCAUGAAAUGUCUGAGACAAAAUUCCAAGGUGAUUGGGAGUGAAAAUAUUGAGAAGCAUAUGGAAACUGGCCACGCGGCACCAGGAAGGAUUUUCUCUGCUCAUGUGCACUCUGGAAGCCAAUUUGCUGCUGUAGAGAUAGAGCCUUCAUUGGUGGAAAAGGCUAUGCCUAAUGGAAUCACUAAAAUGUCUGUUAGAGAGGACAUUAUUGAUACAGAACAAGUAACUGGGGUUGCUGAGGAGCUCAGAAUGGCUGAAGAGGACAAUUCAUCAAGCAUCAUCCAACCCAUUAGUGGUUCAGCAAACUCGACUGAGAUUCUUGAUAAUCAUGGGAGAAUAACAGGAGCAAAAAGGCCAAGGCAGCCACUGAGCUUAACAACUGCGCUCCCAGACUACACAGAAGAACAACUAAAUCUGUUUGACUUUGACUGAGGCUUACCUUGAUACUCAGUUGCUUAGAAUCAUACAAGUACAUGUAAUGACCUGAAUUCGAGCCGCAGACUUGUAAAUAGGAUGCAUUAGACGUUGUCAUAUUGUUUUGAUGCUAGUUCAA